AUUUCAACGGCUUUUUUAAAACUGUCAAGUGUAUUGCUUGCUAGUGAAAUUUAUUUCGCUUUUUGCAAUAAAUAAUUUAUAUUCAAUAAAUGUAAGACAAUUAGCAAUAGCGAUAGAGGUUUCCGAUUUAGAUUUGACACCGACAAGGACUUUACGUAGUGGUAAAAUUCUGUUGCGUUGUGUUGUAGAAGCAUGGCACAAUUUAAUUAUUUGAAUGAAAUAAAGAGUUUAGCUACUAUGGAUGGGCCUAUUACGCGUGGGCCUCUGCAGAGAUGGGCUAAGAAGACAGGCAGUGAGAAUAUCAAUCCUGCUCUGAGUGCGUCUCAACAAAACAUUUCUAAUAACAUAAGUGUAUGCAACCAAUCUAUGCAGAAGUUAUCGGUAUCGGCCAACCAAAGCUGCAAUAACAGUGUGCUCUCUAGUAAUAAGACCCCGACUAGGAAUGAGAAGAAGUCGAAGUCUAAAACUCCUUCUAAGAACAAAUCUCCAGGUCGGUCAAAGACCCCCACACCAAACAAAGCAUCCAAGACUCCAAAUAAGGCUGACAGGUUCAUCCCGUCAAGAAGCAACUCCAACUAUGACUUGUGUCACUACAUGAUGACACGUGAAGAAGACAAAGGAGAGGAGGUGGUGGCUAAGACGGCAGCCAGCGAGGCUCUGGGCCGUGCCCUGACCGACACUGAGCCCGGGAGACUGCUGCAGUACACAUGCAAGGCCCCCGCAGCCCCUGAGGGCUACCAGAACAGACUCAGGGUUGUGUAUUCACAGGCCAAAGUUCCGUCUUCAGUGAAGAACACAACAAGAUACAUUCCACAAGCACCUGAGAGGAUACUUGAUGCUCCUGAUCUUGUUGAUGAUUACUAUCUAAACCUAGUGGACUGGAGCCAGUCAAAUAUCCUAGCAGUGGCAUUAGGCAACUCCGUGUAUCUGUGGAACGCUGGUACGGGGCAGAUUGAGCAGCUACUGUCUCUCGAAGGCUCGGAGACUGUGUGCUCUGUGGCGUGGGUGCAGGGAGGCGCGUCACACCUGGCUGUUGGCACCUCCGCCGCCACUGUCGAGCUGUGGGACUGUGAGAGACUGAAGAGGCUAAGAUGCAUGGACGGGCACACGGGCCGCGUGGGCUCGCUGGCGUGGAACCUGUACAUCAUGUCGAGCGGCGCACGGGACGGCAACAUCGUGCACCACGACGUGCGCGCCCGCGACCACGCCGUCGCCACGCUGCAGGGGCACACGCAGGAGGUAUGCGGGUUGAAGUGGUCUCCAGACGGCAGAUACUUAGCGUCAGGCGGGAACGACAACUUACUGAACAUCUGGCCGCUGGUACAGGGGCAACACUACUCGCAGGGCCAGCACAUCUACUCCUUCAACCAACACCUAGCGGCGGUGAAGGGCCUGGCGUGGUGUCCGUGGAGCAGCGGCGUGCUGGCGUCGGGCGGCGGCACGGCCGACCGCACCAUACGCAUCUGGAACGUCAACACCGGCGCCAACAUCAACACCGUCGACACCAAGUCACAGGUAUGCUCGAUCCUGUGGAGCACGCACUACAAGGAGCUGAUCUCCGGGCACGGGUACGCCAACAACCAGCUGGUAAUAUGGAAGUACCCGCUGAUGACGCGCGUGUGCGAGCUGACCGGGCACAUGGCGCGCGUGCUGCACAUGGCCAUGUCGCCCGACGGACAGGCCGUGGUGUCCGCCGGCGCCGACGAGACGCUGCGCCUUUGGAAGUGCUUCAUGCUGGACCCGGCGAAGAAAAAACAACCCACCGACUCGAAGGCAGCCAAAUCUUUACUGAAUCUCAAUUCGCUAAUCAGAUAACUUGAUAUCAACUAUAAUAUACAAUGAACUUGACUUGGGGUAGUUUUACAAGUACGCAUCAUGCGAUGCUCGGACCUCAUAGAAUGUCGUUUUAGCAUUUUGACUGAAUAUUGUGAUCUUUACAAUUAGUUAGGUAGCUUUUAAGAACACUACGGAUCAUUUUAUGGAGGUUCUAAUAAACUAGUUUUCUCAACCUUGUACUCUGUCUCAAUAUUUUAGUUUUCAAUUCUCAAACUCCGUAAAAUAAUCUGUAUUGUAACCAAUUUAUUACGUAAAGUAAUUAGGUUUUCCAAUUCGUCGUUUUAUCAAACGACAUAUUUUAUUGUUAACUUGAUAUUCACUUCUAUACCCCCUGUAUGACAAUAAAUAUACGAUUUGUAUUGGCAUUUUUGAACAGCUUAUUUUUGACGAACUAAGAGAAGUUGAGGUCGUUAAAUGUGUUUCGCGAUUUCUAACACUAUCCUUGAAAAUUAUUGAGACAGUAAAGGUAUUUUGAGCAUGUCUUACAAACAUUCCGUCAUGUCGUCACUUUGAUCAUUAAAUACAUCUACAAAUAUCUUUACUGUGUUAAUGAAUGUCUCUUGUGUCUUAUAAAAUGUACUAUCUUUUUCACUUUCGUAUUACUUUAGCUCUAAUCGACAUUUCAUUGCCUCGGCUUCCUUGUUUUAAAACUUCUAACCACUUUAUUGUGUACUAUUUUAUUGUUUUAAGAAUGAAUUGGUAAUUUUGAUUGAUUGUGUAAUUUUAUUGUAUGGUUAAUAAAGAUUUCGAUCCUUAAA